AUGACCACUCUUCGGGUGCUGCUGCACAUAGCCGCUCAGCGCGACUACGAGCUUCACUCUCUUGACUUCAGCACAGCUUUCCUGCAGGGCAGCCUGCACGAGGAGAUCUGGCUGCGCCACCCACCUGGCUUCACUAGGUCGUUUCCCCCGAGUACCCAGUGGAGCCUCUGGCGGCCAGUCUACGGUCUCCGCCAGGCACCCCGUGAGUGGCACGACACACUGAGGACUACACUUGCGGCUCUUGGGUUUGCUCCUUCUACAGCCGAUCCGUCGCUGUUUCUGCGCACCGACACCUCUUUGCCGCCGUUCUACAUCCUCGUGUACGUCGACGACUUGGUCUUUGCCACUGCUGAUACUGCUGGACUCGCCCACGUGAAGUCCGAGCUGCAGAAGAGACACACGUGCACAGACCUAGGUGAACUGCCCAGCUACCUUGGCUUGCAGAUCACGCGGGACAGAGCACAGCGUACCAUUACCCUGACUCAGUCACACAUGGUGCAGCAGGUCCUUCAGCGCUUCGGCUUCACGUACUCCUCGCCUCAGGCCACUCCUCUGUCUACUCGCCACUCGCUCUCAGCUCUGCCUUCGGAUGAGUCCGUAGAGUCGAGUGGCCCGUACCCAGAGCUUGUUGGCUGCCUCAUGUACCUGAUGACCUGCACACGACCUAACCUUGCAUACCCUCUUAGCAUCUUGGCACGCUAUGUUGCUCCUGGGAGACACCGACCAGAGCACAUGGCUGCAGCGAAGAGGGUGUUGCGCUACGUGUGCAGUACGUCGGGCAUGGGGCUAGUGCUUGGAGGGCGACGUCGAGUGGUCCUCACAGGUCACGCUGACGCUUCUUGGGCUGACGACCAGGCUCUGCAGCGGUCGUCACAGGGUUACACCUUCAGCCUUGGCUUCGGCUCUGUUUCGUGGUGGUCUACCCGCUCGUCCUCUGUUCUCAGCUCCAGCUGUGAGGCUGAGAUCUACGCAGGGGCCAUGGCUGCACAGGAGCUACGCUGGCUCACCUACCUGCUGACUGACCUAGAAGAGCCGCCUCGUUCUCCUCCAGUUCUGUACGUAGACAACAAGGCCAUCUUGGCCUUGUGUCGGGAGCACAGACUGGAGCACAGAACGAAGCACAUUGCUCUCCGCUACUUCCUGGCUAGUGAGCUGCAGCAGCGUGGUCAGCUCCGCCUCACCUACGUGGCCUCUGAGGCCGACACUGCUGAUAUCUUCACCAAGGCCCUUCCGCCUUGUGAUCAUCGAACAUUAUAG